AUGGCAGACACUACUCGCACUAUUGAACAGUUCCGGAAACUUAGACCCUCAUAUUUCAAAGGGGACACUUCUGACCCUUUGAAGGCAACAGAAUGGAUUAGGGAGUUAGAAAAGAACUUCACUUUGUUGAAUCUCACUGAUGCGCAAAAGGUGGUGUGUGCUACGUACCAGCUACAAGGCAAAGUAGAUGAUUGGUGGCAAUUUGCACAUCGCAUUAAAGAAAGAGAUGGACAACCCCUAACUUGGGCCAGAUCCCAAGAGGUCUUCUACAAGAAAUAUUUCCCCACCAGUUUGAGACAAAGGAAAGAGGAAGAAUUCUUGACCUUGGAGCAACAUAAUCUCUCUGUUAUGGAUUAUGAGUUAAAAUUCGAGGACCUCAGUAAGUUUGCCCCUCACCUAGUUGAUACCGAGGAGAGGAAGGCUCGACAAUUUGAGAGAGGCCUUCGUUCUGACCUGAAGAGGAUUAUAGCAGCUUUUAAGUGCCCUACAUAUGCAGAGGUAGUGAAGAGAGCACAAAUUGUUGAAGACAACUCGAGGUUUGUACCUCCAAGUGUUCCAAACACACAGAAGAAAAGGUCUCACCCUCAUCCAACUCAAAAUUAUGACAAUCACAGCAAGCAGCAAAGGACAACUUACCAUCAUCAAGAGAGGACUGUUUGCCCUAAAUGUAAGAAACCCCACUCUGGAGAAUGCAUGGCAGGAUCGAAUGCUUGUUUUAGGUGUGGCAAGGAGGGUCACAUGGCAAAGGAUUGCCCUGAACAGAAGAACAACUAG